UUGAAAUUCCCAAAUGGUACAAAAAGGCGACAUCUCUCUGGGUUACUGCUCAGUCUUCGGGACUGGUUGAUGUUUUCCGUCCAGUGUGUGACAGACAGGAUGGGAGCGCUUCCUUUAAGCUUCUUAGGGCGCUAAUGAAAGUGAGCGCUUAUUGUCCGGCAGACAGAUGGUUUCUGUCUUGAUGAAGUUUUAAUUCAGCUGACGGCGGCCGCCGGGCUCUUCAGUCCGCGGUCACGGCGCCUUCCGGCGGGGCGUCUCCUCUGGAAGGUAACCCACACCUGCAAGGAGACCUGAGGAUACACAGCUUUUCUUUUUUCGUUUUUGUUGGUGUGACGCAGUAAAAUAUAUUUCUCUUAAACUUUUUAAUUUUUAAUAUAUUAUAUUUUCAUCUAAAUACAAUUGGAGACUUCUACAGCGGCUUACCAAGAACUCUACUCUGAAUUAUUUAUGGCUAAGAUUUGGCAUAGAAAUUCACGCCCCACUUUUUGCAUGACUCAUGUGGGGUUCAGCUUGAUGAAGAGGACACACACAGAUGAACAGCGCUGAAAGGAUAAUGUGACUCAGAAAUAAGCCCGAUGAGGCACCCUGUGCCCUCCCUCUGGACGAGGAUGCAGUCGCCGUUACUGUGGGGCCUCCUACUGCUCUGCGUUGGGAUCCUCUGGAUCCAGGAAGUGUCCAGUGGCAACCGAAGCUCCAGAGGACACGCAGGAUCUUCAAAGGAGAGGACAGGAACUUGUGAAGUUGUUGCUGCCCACCGCUGCUGCAAUAAGAAUAAGAUUGAAGAGCGCUCUCAAACAGUCAAGUGUUCCUGCUUCCCUGGACAGGUGGCGGGGACGACGAGGGCGCUGCCCUCUUGUGUCGAAGCCUCCAUUGUGCGUGAGAAGUGGUGGUGUAAAAUGGAACCGUGUCUGCAGGGGGAGGAGUGCCGGGUUCUGCCUGACCUCACAGGCUGGUCAUGCAUCUUGGGGAACAAAGUGAAGACCACGAAGGUGUCUCGGUAGCAAGACAGAAGCUUCACCUAAUGAGCACAAGCCAAGCCUGACCUGCUGUAGUCAAUUUUAAGUAUCACCACAUUCUCGUCUGAUAGAGCAAGGUGGAACAGAGAUUUAAUUAGAUAUCUCCUGGCUGAACUUUAAGCUGCAAGAACUCAUUAUUUUAAUUUUCUUUUGUCUUGGAACACUUCUUGUCCAUGGAGAGGACAAUCUAUUUAAAAACUUAGGGGGGAAAGAAAAAAAAAUGGUACCUUUUUUUCCAAUCCAAACAGAGAAUUUCUGCACAGCUCUUUGUUCUUGUGCUUGAAAUGCUGGGCACAUUGUGAUGCGCUCAAUCAAAGUUUGGAUGGAGCUGCUGGCAGACACUUAAAAAGAGAUUUUGUGGAUUUUUCAGGUGGCAGCAUGUGAACCCAGUCAGUGGCUCGUGACUUUCUGUCGAUCAAAGCAAAGGACCACAAAUACUGAGAAAUUCAUGACUACACUGUGUAGCAUUUGCAGUCGACGCUGUCCCUCAACAGAGUGGUACCUUUCUAAAGAGGUCAGGUCCCCUUAGACUAGUCCUUAGCGUAAAGAGGCACUCUAACAAGCACACGUACACACACACAAAUACACAAAUUCUCUGUUUGGACUCCACGGGUUGGACAGACUACCACCUGCAAGGCUGCAAGAGUAGACACACAAGCCUGAUGCAAAACAGCGACUGUGUGAAAUGCUAAUCAGAAGGAGAAAGGUGAGAGAAGAGGAGCUUCUUCACUGCUGAGAGUCUUUACAUCAGGCUUUUUUUUCCUUUUUGUUUGCCUCUCUCAACUGAGUGCUUCUGUGGAGGGGACUCUGUUUAUAGUAAUGAUGGGAAACACUGGUGUUUCUCUGCCUUGAAGCAGAACGGAGCCACCGCCAGGGCAGAAUGUCUGUAACCACUUCAUCAGUUGUCCUUUUCAUGUGCAUAAUAUUCCUUCUGGACCCACCCCCCGACUGAAUCUCUUUUAUCUCUCGAGUUCAGCCACACCAUUUGCAUUUUUUACCUUUCGCGAUGAAAAACAUUUCAUAGUAGCUCGAGCUGCAAAUCAUUCUAUUUCUGCCGUCAGACGCGAAUGAAGGCCACACACUGUGCUAAGUGAGAGCAGCCGAGUCGGAAGUAGUUUGUUCAACAUCUCACAAUGAGGAUUGGUUUUGCCAGAGACAAGAGUUUUCUGAGCUGCAAUGCAGUGCUCACAUUAAAGUGAAACUAUGAAGAUAAAACUGAGUUAUUUUAGGAUUUAAAUAUUCAGUUUGGUUAUAAUGUCUUUCUAUUUGGUGACAGUAACAGGAGAGGUGUGGUCAGCACUAACUAUCUCUGAUAAAUGUUUGAUUUUGUGGCACAAACGGCAACUUUAUUGUUCCAAAACUGAUCUCAUACCCCUUUACAUAAAGUCCAUGUGCGACAAGCAAAGUGAGUUGAUGAAAGACCCACUCCGAUCCUCCUUUGAUCUAUUUUAAAGCAUUUCCAGUGGUCUUCUAAGCAUGAUUGUACCGUUUUUAGCCAAAAAAGUCAUUUUUUAGAACAUAGUUUCUGCAGAUCAGGUGUAAUUCAAUAGAAAUUCACCAUUCUGAGUAGACUGGAGUAAUUCCGCCCCCUCUUCCCUUCCCCAUUGUUGAGCAAUCAGAGCAGUUAGCUUUUGUCCCCGCCCACAAGCUUUCUACCAAGCACUUUUUUGUCUUUGCUUUUUUUUAUCUGAUCCUGAUUCACAAUGAUUUGGAUGAAGAAAUACUCAGAAAAUGCAAAUUUAAGCUUAAUUUUUUUUUACAGAUCAUCAGAAA